CAGCAUAUCUUUUUACAUUUCUAAUACAAUUUUUAAAUUUUCAAUACAAAAAACACCAAAAGCCACACAAAAAAAACGAAACAAACAUAUUGGGAACUUGUAAUUUUCGUAUUUUCUUUUCUAUUUCCCUGGAUUAACAAGUAGUAAAAGUAAUUUUUUUUCCUUUCAUCUUUUUACACUAUUUUAUUUAUACGAUAAUGGCGUUUGGAGUUUUGACUGUGAUAUUGUUGUCCUCCUUAGCUAAACAGUGGCCGAGUAGUAAGGAACUCCAAAUUGAACGAAAAAUGGAGAACGCCAAAGAAUUCCUGGAAAUAUCAAAGGAAGAAUCCGAACGCGUUUCUCGACUCACCUUCCCACCACACCGGGUCAAUAUCGAUCAUAGCUUCUACGAGUAUUACGCCCUUCGUGGUAUCCGGGUUGAUCGAGUUGAACCCGGUUUCGUUUCCUGCACUUUCAAAGUCCCUUCUCGCCUCAUCGAUAGAAAUGGAAAUUUGGCAUCUGGGGCGGUGGCUAAUCUGGUGGAUGAAAUGGGUGGUGCCUUGGUCCAUGUGGAAGGUCUUCCUAUGAAUGUUUCGGUGGACAUGUCGAUUUCUUAUCUUUCAACUGCAAAACUCGAUGUAAGCCCACUCCGUAGGGUUUUCAGUAUAAAUUUCUUGAAUUAAAUAAUGGUUUAUGGCUUUCUUACAGAAGGGAUAAUUGAUUUCUGUUUGGCUUUUCACAUACAUUUAGUUGCUACUAUGGUGAUAUGCACUGGUAAAAGGCUUAAAUUUGUUUGUUUACGCUUUCUUUUUGUGGGAUUGCUUGUAUCUGUACUUUCAACUCUUUUUUGUUUUUACACCUAACCGUUGCUUUGUAAAUUCAAUACUUUUCAAAUUGGUUCCUUUUUUCACACUUAAAUGUCUACGUUUGACGGUGUUGUAAAUUUAUGUGUGAGUAGCUGGAUUCAUAGCACUCAUGUGCCUCAGUACUUUUGAUCUUUUUAAUUAUUGUUUUUGUACUUGACGGGUGAGUUGUCUUGUGGUACUUGGGGCAGGAGUAUUAGAGUUUGGGGUGGUGCCACUGUUGUGACAGUUAUUGAUGAAAUGUACUUCUUCUCAUUAGCACUUAACAGAAAUAUGGUUUUCUUGGUUGGUGAACUUCAAAUUGGCAGGACGAGUUGGAGAUCAGCUCAAAGCUUUUAGGUAGGAAAGGGGGUUACUCUGGAACAGUUGUGCUUAUAAAGAACAAAGCGACAGGCGAGCUUAUUGCUGAAGGUCGGCAUUCACUGUUUGGUAGACAUGCCAGCAAAAUGUAAAUAUGGAAGCAACUCAUGUAUGUCAGAGAUGCGUGAAGGAUCAUUUUACAUCUAGGACUUGUUUCUGUUGCUGUAGCAUAUUGGAUGAUCAUGUUUACUUCUUUUAGUUGCACAGUGAAUGGAAUAAAAUCAUCUUGACUUUAAUGAUGUGUUUUAUCUCUGUUAUUCUUAUGCAAAUGAGUUCCAUAAAUAGGUUGAAAUUCUCAAGUUCUGGCAAAAGUUAAAGAGAGGCUAAACAUACAUAUGAAGCCUCAGAAUCAACAGAAAAUGUGUGGUUAUUACCUUCUUUCUGUUCGUCACCUCUGUCAUACAUAUAUGAACUUUUUCUGGAACAAACUUGUAGUGGUACCAAUCUUAAAAACCAUGACCAACCUAGCUUUAUAUUUUUGUACUUUGUGAGAAAUAUCAUGGCUCAUGGGAGUAUUUGUAGUAGGGGAUCACCAAAGGUUUUCCUAUUCUUCAUUUGGAUGAGUGGUUAUUAGAGAGGUUCAGCCGAUUGUAUGAAGCUUGCAUGUAUUAAUAUCAAUCCUUCAAUGACUUGAAUGCAGUUGGUGUACUGAAGUUGUUUGUGUGACAUUCUUACUAACACAGUUUCAUGGGUGAGUGGCUUGAAUGUUGUGCAAUGAAUAUACUUAGAAAGUGGUUUUACUUCUACCGGUGAGGUUGAAAGAUCUGAUGUGGCUCUGUAAGCCUGCAUGUCUUGCUGAAGAAUUAUACCUGUCAUGCUCGUAAGUUCAUCGCUAGCUAUCUUGGUUCGUGUUGAGUUGCACUUAUGCCUUAGGAUUUGCUGUGAUAGUGGAAAUUGGAAUUUCCAGGUUGCUUUAUAGUUUCACUUGAAAACAAAGGACUAGGUCCUGGUGGAAGAGAUUCUUUCCCUUUCAAGAAGCUGGAAGUUGUCGCCGUAAUACUGUGACACCCAAAAGAAUGGACAACGCCUUAUCAGGAAAUCUGUGAGAAGAAAAUGGAUGGUUCUGCAUAGUAUGAAUGGCAAAGUCCCUAGGAUAGAUGAAUGAAGAUAGCGAAUGUCUAAAGCCUCUUGGUUUGCUGUAGCUAUUUGUCUCUGUACUAUUUUGACACUAUCAACUCUUGAACUUCGUGAUGUGCAGUCAUAGUGAGACUUGGGCAAGAAACUAUUUGAUCUUGAAGCUGAUUCACAGUGGAUAAGAUAGUUCAACCGUGAUGUUUUUUGUUAGCAGCAUUCAUCCGGAUAAACCAAUUCUAUGUCUAGAUAGAGCAGGUAUUCACUCAGAGAAUUGGCUAAAUGAUCAUGAAAAAUACACUCCGUUAAAGUGGCUGUGGUAUGUUUGGGUUUCACCUAGCGAUGGUUUAUUCCUUUUUCUAUCUACAUAGCUUAAUUUUUUUAAUCUCCCUUUUUAUAUUUUUGCACAAUUUUAGAUUCUCAAUAUGAUAAAAG